UCGAAGCGAAUGAGAAAGCUCAAGAACAGGCCAUGCAGCGUGGCAAGGUGAUCAUGCUGAUAGUCGUCCCAGCGCUGGCCGUCUUGCUAGCCGUGAUGGCGGCGCUCAUCUAUGUGAUCAUCCUGGAAAGGCCCCAAAAACGUGUGGACACGUGUAGGAGCGACGACUGCUCUGCCUUUGGCCAAGAGCUGCGCGAGGCCGUCAAUUGGUCGAUCGACCCAUGUCAAGACUUCCACGCGUUCGUGUGCGGCGGAUGGAGCGACCCCAAGCGACGAGAGACGACCGAGUCAAAAAUGGUGGCCGCCGCCUUGGAUCUGGCGAUCAAAGAAGCCGAAGUCGACCUGAAGGGUCGCAGCAAGGCCACGCAGUUCUUCGAGAGCUGUACCACGGCCGGCGAAUGGAAGGAGGAGAACCUGAGAGAAUUCGCGUAUCUCCGGCGCUCCUUGGGUCUAUACUGGCCCGAGCAGAAGCCCAGCGGCGCAACCCACCCGCUCGACAUCAUGGUGAACCUGGCGCUAAACUGGGAAAUGAACUUCCUCUUCGACCUGGGCACCGUUGCCGUACGCCAUUCCACCGCGCUGCUCGUCUCCCGCGGUCGCCUGGGUUCCGUGUGGGAGCAUAAGUUGCAUGGUGUCAGGACGAUCGAAAGUUACGAGGAUUACGUGAACGAUUACUACCGAGUCCUCAGCGCGAACAGUUCGCAAGCUGGCGUGGGAGCAGCCGACCUCCUUGGCAUCGAGACGGCUUUUGUCAAUGCGAAGCUCGAGUUCUUAUACGACACUCCUCGGCAAGACUGGUUCGAAGUGAGCGCCCUGGACGUCAAGACGCCGUCUGUUCCGGCGGGCUUGUGGCUCGAGCUUCUGAGGAAGCACGACCGACAGUUCGACUGGACCGGCGAGAACACCGCGAUCAUCGAGGACGGCAGAAUAUUGGAGAGCGUCGACAAUCUGCUGAAGGGCCUGGACCACCACAAGCUGAUAAUCGGGCUCUCGUGGAUGUUCAUUCAGACGCACCUCUGGGCUGUCUAUGAGCCGCCUUCGCUAAGAUUCGGCGGCGCGGACAAGGAUCUAAUAAAGAUGAGAAAGCGCGGCUGCAUGGAAUACGUCGAAUCCCGCCUGGGGCUGCUCGGCUGGGCGACGACGCUCACCGAACGCUUCGGCACGAAGGAGAGCCGACUGCACAUCUACAGUUUCCUGCAUCGAAUCAACCGGCAGACGAAGCGCCUCGUAAACAAGCUCAGCUGGAUGGACUACGAUAGCAAGCAGAUGACCUUCUCGAAGCUAAACAAAAUGACCCGCACCAUACUGCCUGGGGACACCUUCUUCGACCCGAAGAAACGCGAUCAGCUGUACGACGUCUUUCCCGAAAUGCGUGGCAAGACCUUCAUGGCGAAUCUGGUGAAGGCGUCCGAGGUGUACCGUGGGCUGCGCAACCACGAACACUUCGCGGACGUGUACAGCGUUCGCAUGUUUCCCCGGUUCGGUCGCGAGCUUUAUCUGUACCUGCCGGACUCGAUGAUGCUCGCGUUAGUGAACCUGAGCCCGCCGAUGUACUACAAGGAUGCGACGCUGGCGAUUAAAUACGGUGGUCUAGGCUCCUUCGUGGCGCGACAGAUGGCCAGGGCGUUCGACGAUAUCGGCGUGAAGGUUGACGACUCGGGCAAGCGCAGACUGUGGCUCGGACGCGAGGCGGCAGUAGCACACGAGAUCAAGGUUAACUGCAACGUCCACGCAGGCUCGAACAGCACGGUGUGGCGUCCGAUGCGCGCGUUGCCCGCCAUGCCUGGGCUGGAGGCUGCUUACGAGGGCUUCUCGGCCGCCGUGAAGGUUGACUUCCGAGCUCUGGACGACUUCAAGGUCCCUCACCUGGAAGCGUUCACGGACUUCCAGAUCUUCUUUCUGGCGUACUGUUACGCACUGUGCGCAAAGCGGCCACAGACCAUGCGCGAUGAGUGCAAUGUUCCGGCCAAGAACUCGCCUGCUUUCGCCGAAGCGUUCCGAUGUCCCUCGAACGCGCCCAUGAACCCGCCAGACAAAUGCUCGUUUUUUUACUAG